AUGUAUAAGAAACUAAUUACAGCUUCAACGAAACCAUUUUCAUUGGUUUCCUCCUUCCCAACAUCAUUACAAACUCACAUCAGCAAGGCCAACCCACUUGUUGCCAUCUCAGCAGCCUCAUCGUCAUCACAACAACGGAAUAAAAAGUCUUCCAAAGAACAAAAAUCAAAAGAUGCAAAGUGGAUGAGACAAGCAGGUGUUUUCAAAUACAAGAAACCCAAGUAUCAAAUGAAAAAAGCAGACACGGAUGACAUUCCUAUUUUCAGGUUGUUCGACGAGGCAAAAGCAACCAUAAGAGAAGAAGACCAAUGGGACGCUGUGCUCUACAACAACGAACAGAUUCCAAAAGAAGGAGAAACAGAAUUAAGACCUAUUACCGAAAACUCGUUCUACAAAUUAAUUAACAAAUAUACACGAGAGGAACUCGAAAAUAUGAGCAUCGGUGAGAUGGAUAGAGAGCUGGAUGACCCUAAUUGGGAUGCCUUUGAAUAUCAUCUUUCUCUUAGCCAAAACCAAAAGGAUGACAUUGCUUUUCAACUUGCAAAUGAAUUAUUACCGGGAUUGAUGCAAACACCAAGAGAAAUUUUACUUCCUCACGUCUCCGAUUUGGAACCACAUUUUGAAAAUGAUUUCUCAAAAUUACCUAAAAAUCAUAGUGACAGAAAGGUCAUUGAAGGAAGACUGGUUACAGAUGAAUAUUUAAAACAAGUUCAUGAACAUUAUGGAAAGCCAGGUGAAUCUCCAGAGGAAACAUUUGCUGCAUUGCGUUUAUAUGAGGAGGCUCUUUCCUAUGAAAAGAAUGAGUAUGAACAAGAAAAAGAGUUAGCAGAGAAGGUGAGACAAGAACAAAACAAAAUUAAGCACGUUAAAAGAGAUGAUUUGGACCGAAUGUUUGAACUUCACAAAAAAGAUCCAGCAUACUGGACAGGUGAACGAUUGGCUCUUGAAUUUGGUAUUACUCGCGAGCAAGCAUGGUGUUCACUUCUUUUGAGAGAAUGGGAUGAGGCUGAGCGAACUGGAAAGCCAUUCAGUUUUGACAAGGCAAAAAUUAUUUUCAGUGAGGAUAUUAGAAGGUCAGACAAAGAAGACAGAGAUAGAAAGAAAGGUCAAGCAACACCAAAGAUAUUAACCCAUCAAAUUACUGAAGAAGAAGCAUACAAGCGAUUUUUAGAAGAAUCAUCUAAACCCAUGAACACAGCAUCAGAUGACAAUUUACCAGAUUAUGUCAAAUAUCCAUUCCAAGAGUAUGUCAUUGGUGAACAGGAAAGCAAAAAAGUUGAAGUUAUUGAAAAAGAAGUUGAAAAUAAGACUGGUUUUGGAUCUGAUGUUUCAAGAUACAAGUUAUAUGUGGCUGAAAUGAAGAAGAAGUUUGAUGACGAAAGAGCCAGAAGAUUCAUGGUUUCUGAGGAAGAUGGUACACUUAGAACCAUGUCUGAGUCUGAACUUGCUUUCAUGCAUCGUCAUAAGACCUUCCCUAAGACCAGAGAAGGACUUGGAGGAAAGCAAAAGAGAAAGAAUCUCAGAAGAAAGAGAGAAUUUUAA